UAUAUCAGACCCACUAAAUGCCACUUAGAAACGUUAAAACGUUCAAUUAAAUGCCAUGUGUUGCCGUCACAUAGCUUGAUUCAAGUAAACACAAGAAGGAACUUUUCCAAAAACCUUCCCAGCGUUCGGAGCAUGCUUGGUCCCACGGGAAUAUCGCGGCAGCGCACAUCCGUUAUUUUUCCGUGAAAGCGGGCUCUCUCUAGCUAGGAGAAGCUCUGACCUCUUUGCCUUGGAUAUGGGACGUCUAACGAUGCGACUAUUGAUUUUUGUCUGGUUAAUAUUUCCUUGUCAUGGAGCCGAAAGAAUAAAACAUAGAGGGCUACGUCAGAAGGAUACCGAAUACAUGGAAAAAUGCACUGGGGGACACACAGGCAAACAGAACUGCACCAGACAUUCAGCUGAGAUCCAGUCUACACAUAACAUGUACCCCAGUUGCCUGCAGGGGCCACCAGGUACCCCGGGUCGAGAAGGCAACCCAGGCACGAACGGCAUCCCAGGAACGCCCGGCGUCCCCGGACGAGACGGGGCCAAGGGGGAGAAGGGCGAGUGCAUGAGUGAGAUAUUUGAGGAGCCCUGGAGGCCCAACUACAAGCAGUGCGCCUGGAACGCCCUCAACUACGGCAUCGACCUGGGCAAGAUCACGGAGUGCACGUUCACCAAGCUGCGUUCAGACAGCGCCCUGCGGGUGAUCUUCAGCGGGUCGCUCAGGCUCAAGUGCAAGACGGCCUGCUGCCAGCGCUGGUACUUUACCUUCAACGGGGCAGAAUGUUCCGGGCCGCUGCCCAUCGAGUCCAUCGUCUACCUGGACCAGGGCAGCCCAGAAUUCAACUCUACCAUCAACAUCCACCGCACCACAUCAGUGGAAGGCCUGUGUGAGGGCAUCCGCGCCGGGCUGGUCGACGUCGCCAUCUGGGUGGGCACCUGCGGCGACUAUCCCCACGGCGACGCCUCCACCGGCUGGAAUUCCGUCUCCAGGAUGAUCAUCGAGGAGCUACCUAAAUGACCUCUGAUCUCUUCCCCAAGCAGAUUUCAAUGUCAGUAGUGUUUCCCUGGAUUUUUUGCUGGACAGGGCAUGGUAAGCAGGGUCUAGCACGCCAUUACUGGAGAAGGAGUCUGAAGUCCUCCUCUCUCAUAGUAAAGUACUUCAGAAAAAUUAGCAUUUGCUCUCCUAAACUUUAAAAAUGUACUGUAGGCCUUUAUUAAAUGGUCAACUUUCA